ACUGCCCUCCUGGCUGAAGAAGAAGAAGAAGAAGAAGAAGAAGACGAGGAGGUCUGUCAACGGCCAUCGUCAUCAUUUCCAGUUCGAAAAAGCCGCAGGAUGGACGCUUCUUUGUCUACCUACCCUUUAGUGCACAGACACCGCAAGCCAUCGUCGCUCCUGGGGAGAUACGCGCGGGAACAGCUCAGAAAAUACAUCCUGCUCACCAUCUGCUUCUUGGCCGUCGUAGGUGUGGCCAUCUUCGACUAUGUCAUGUACAGACAGUACCUCAAGCUCGAAGCUAGCAGACCUCAAAACGCGAGUAAGAUCAAGUCACCUCCACGUGUCGACCAACAGCCCGUGCAGCUAUGUAACAGCUCAGCGUGCGUGUGGCUCCAGGGUUACCUCGAAACCUCCAACACGCGGCCGUGUGAGGACUUCAACGCUUUUGUGUGCUCUGACAAGAAGGAAGCGUUUCUCACUCAAGGGAGCCAACCUUUCGUCCGUGCGAUAACUACGCUUUACCAAACGCUGAAAGCACCAAAUGAGGCUUUGGAGUCAGCUGUGUUCCUUGACUGUUUACAGGGGAAGGACGACAUCAGUGAUGUGGUACUUCACAAAGAGAACUGGUCUGUCUUGGGACAAGACUGCAACGUUGCGUAUCCCCAUGUACCCUUUGCCGUUAGUGAGAUGUACUUCCGCAAUGUGACGAACGCUACGGUAGCUGGCUUUAAGAAGUUCCUCGACGCGAACGUCAAAGGUCUGGAGCGCUUUCUAGACCGGGCCCGCUCGAAGGAUAUCAGGAUAACGUCAGGGCAUUGGGCUGUUCAGGGCGCCAAACGAGUCGCGAAGGCCGCGGUGUGUCACUUCAUUGAGCGGCUCAGACCCCACGAUGACGUCACGACGUACGUGACGCUGUGGAAAGUGCUGUAUUUCUCUCCCUUCUUGGGAUUCCUCUACAAGGACCUGCAUCAGAACUCGCUGUUGCACAAUUCGAGAGACCGCGCCUGUCUCCAGCUAAUGGACGACAACUUUCCAGCAGAGACGCGUUCCAAAGCGGAGACAAUAUUAAAGAACUGGAAUCCGAGUUUCAAAGAAGAAUUUCAGAGCUCCGUCGUGGACGCCAUCCACAGGCUACAAGAUUACUUUAGGUCUUGGAGCCCCGGAUACAGGCCCGAAAUAUUCGCCGAAUUGAGCUCAGUUAAAAUCACUUUAACAAACGAGAACGUAACCAGGGGUCAUCCUACGACGCCGUUACUGGACUCCUGCCCAGCAUACUCACGAAAGAAGAAUACGCUUGCCAUUCCAGUAGGCCUUCUGGCGCUCUUACUUGUAGAACCGUCGAAAGUGGACACCGUACUGAUUCCGUACAUAGGCGCCAAAGUUUUCGGGUUGCUAUUACAAACUGCAAACGUCGCGUCUUGGCCAGCGGAGAACAGAGCCCUCUGGAACAAACAUCUGUCUUGCAUGUCGCGCCAGUUGGCGGACAACCGGUCUCUGACAGACAUCUCGACGGCGCACGUAGCUUUAAGUCCUUUGUACGUGGCAUACCGCGACCACCUGCAGAAGCAGCACCCGAAUAUCGUGAAACUACACCCCAACUUUACCAACGAAGAACUGUUCUUCGUGCUUUGGGCGAAAGGACGCUGCGGUCGAUCGGCGGAUGUUGUGAACUGGCCGUUGCGCCACUCGGAACGCUUCACGAAAGCUUUCCACUGUGUCACUGGACAGGGGAUGGUGGCGAAGGAACGUUGUCCCUUUUGGGUUCAUUAAUUCAUUCAUGUUUAGUGUAUUCCUCGUGUGGCUCCAAGUAAAGGGUCAUGGUAGUAA